AUGAGCUCUCCGUCCUUUUUGAAGUUUCUCGCUUCCCACAUUCUCAGCAGCCGAACGGUGAUGUUUUGCAUUGUUGGUUCAAGGGCUAGGUCGGCGAUCGGAAUCUGCUUGGGCAGGGCAACCGAGGGAGCAGAUCAUGGUGGCAGCUACGAUCUGAGUAAAACUACGACAUACGUUAUAACGUUAAGCAGCUAUGGAAGGCAAAAAGAAAGCCGUUAUGGUGUAACGCCUGAGCUGAGGACGGAUAGCACUGUAAUUCGACAGAUUGAAAUGGGGUCGAUUCAUCAGCCGGAAACUCUCAUGUCCCGCAGGCGAAGGCUGAGAUUGCGACCCGAACACUUAAUCAAUUUAUGA